AUGUCUGAUACCCAGUACAGUGGCUCGCUGCUGAACAAGCGCAAGGCUGAGCUCUCCGAGAUUGCAUCGAGUCUAGGGCUUGCAGAUCCAGAUGCAAAGAUGACAGAAUUGAUCAAGACGAUUCAAGAUCAUCUCGAGAAGAAUGAGAAGGACUUGAUGUCAACGCCAAAGUACAAGGGCCUCUACGUCAGGAAAGGGCGAGUAGUGCUCGUGGCUCCCCGCCAUCACGACACUGAGACGCCUGCGCCGGAGGUUGUCAAAACCGUCGAAGGGACUGUCAAGAAACCUCGAAAAUCCAUGAACAAAGCUUUGGACAGAAUUGCGGAUGCUAUUGAUCCUGCCAACAUUGCCCUGCCAGAAAGUCCUAUCAACGUCUCCAAAAUCCAGCACGAAGCUCAACAACUCUCCAAGGCACUCGUCCCCUCGAACGGACUGCCCAAGGACGUCUCUGUGCGCGCUCGACAAGUUUCGAAUAAACUCGUCAAGAUUGGCCGGGAUUCCCAGAGUCGAGUAGACAAGGGUGUCAGUCUCUUGCGGGAGUAUCUCUCUAAUCCUGAGCACAUUGUCGCUUCAGCCCUCGCAGUCGAGCUCGCUUUCCUCUUCGCUCAUGUGUUGCAAUUUUACGACCACACCAUCUUCUUUCCUCCUCCUGGCGGGGCCUCGGGAACAUUCCCCUCGCUCUUCCAUAGCUUAUUCUUCUGGAUGCCGAAAUUCCAUUUGGACAUGCGAAUCCCUGAUGCCAUCGGUCUCGGCUACAGGGCUGAAAUCUGGCCAGCAGUCUCUUGGUGGUUCAGCACCACCGUCCUUCCCGCUUUGGCUGGUUCUACGGUGAUCACCUUUGGAAAGACCCACAAGGCGCGCUCAAGUCACGCCGGUCGAGGAACGACAUCUCAAUCUGGCCUUCCUCGACCCGACCCAUUCACCUUCGCCCUGUUCCGCUUCGCUCUGCUUCUGUACCCUCUGACAUCUGCGGCACCGUCGUCGCUCGUGGAUGCACUGGAGAUGUCUGGCAACCUUCAAGGCCGUGCUCUCGGAGCUGGUCUUUUGGCCAUGCUCCUUCUCGCUGAAAGGCUGCAAUGA